AUGUCGAACCAGAACGAGAAAAGGAUGAAAGCUAAGGAGCUGAAGCGGAAGAACAUUAUUGACUCGAUUACCCGUUUGGAGAUAUUUUUACGGAAUUUUGAUCCUGAUGAACAUGGCCACGAAGUUCCACUACGUUUGCAGCGUAUCGAUAAGUUGAUGGAGUCUUUCGAAACAGUACAAUCACAGUACGAAGAGCUGGACGAUGAUGAAAACUUUGCACUAGAAAAUGUCGAAAUGCGAGCCAAUAUCGAGGAAAAAUAUUUUCAAGUGAAAGCUGGUGUGUUGGCGAAGCGCCCCACUCAUGAAUCGCCUGUGGCAUCAACCUCUACUCAAGCUAUGCCCCCUCGAUUACCAUUUCCCACCCCGCUGUCGAACGUUAAACUGCCGACGAUCACGCUGCCUGAGUUCGAUGGUGAUUUUAAUGGUUGGCUCCAUGACACUUUCCUUUCCAUGAUACACUCGUCCACGGAGAUAUCAAGUGUGCAGAAGUUUCACUAUCUCCGUGCUGCUCUAAAGGGAGAAGCAGCGAAUCUCAUUCAAUCAAUCACCAUCACGGCUGCGAACUACUCUGUUGCUUGGGACACGCUUGUCAAGCGUUAUUCCAAUAAGCGUCUAUUACGGAAGAAGCACAUACGAGCGCUCCUGAAAUACCCAAAAAUCUCGAAUAAUUCAGUGGAGGCGCUCCACCGCAUUCUUGAUGAUUUUCAACGGCACACCAAGGUACUGCAGCAAUUAGGAGAACCUGUCGAACAAUUUAGUUCCAUUCUGAUAGAGCUGCUGGUAGACAAAUUAGAUGACGCCUCCCACAGCGCAUGGGAGGAAUCAAUCGCAUCAGAUGAAAAUCCGGCCUACGAAAAAAUGGUUGAGUUCCUGCAGAAAAGGACUCGAGUACUGGAGACGAUUAUGAUCAACCGCCCCAAUCCAUCUCAAUCAAAAACCGAGAAUCCGAAUUCUGGAAUCAAAAAGAAAAAUGUUACCCGUGUCAGUUCCAAUGCUAUGAGUGAAACUGACAGCAAAGUCUAUCCGAUGUGCCCUGCCUGUGAGAAGCAGAGGCAUUUGCUAAUGAAAUGUCCCAUAUUCAACGAAAUGAAUGUUCAAGAUCGUCUAAGGGUCGUAAACGACAAAAAGUUAUGUGAUGCAUCAAAAGCUGCAUAUGGAGCAUGUAUUUACAUCCGAUCCGAAGACGCCCAUGGCAACGUCAAAGUGAGUUUGCUGGCUUCCAAAUCGAAGGUAGCCCCAUUGAAACCAAUCAGCAUUCCCCGGCUCGAGUUGUGCGCAGCUCUCCUCGCUACCCGUUUGUUUGAAAAAGUAGUUGCUGCUUUGGAUCAGAUUUCUUCUAGGAAGUACUUCUGGUCAGACUCAACAGUGGUCCUGCAGUGGAUGAAGGCUCCACCGCGGACCUGGAAAACUUUUGUUGCCAACCGUAUUUCCGAAAUACAAGCGACAACCCAUGGAUUCCCUUGGCUGCACGUUGCAGGGAUCGAAAAUCCUGCUGAUUUGUUGUCCCGCGGUUUUCCUGCUUACGAACUAGUCACCUGUGAUAAAUGGCUUCACGGACCAAGCUGGCUACACGGACCCAAGGAAGUGUGGCCCACUCAAAAUCUCCCGCGCACCGAGCUCCCAGUGGAAGAAUUGGAACAACGUACUGCAGCUGUGCUGACUCUCCAAACUUCUGCUCCCCACGAAUUGUUCCUGCGAUUCUCAUCAUACAAUAUGUUGCUGAAUGUGGUGGGAUGGGCAUUCCGAUUCAUCCACAAUACACGCUCAAAGAAUAUUCGAAUCCCGGACCGAGUGCUUCUCGUCAAGGAACUACACGUUACUAAGUUGUAUCUGACGAAACUAGUGCAAUCAGAAUCAUUCCCAGAUGAGUUAAUGGGCCCCUCUAUCUUAAGCCCUCGCACCGACGAGCAGCAUCGCAAAAAGUGUACGUAUGUGUAUUUGUGUGCUUUAGCACAAAAGCGGUCCAUCUUGAGUUGGCAGGCGACAUGA